GGUUACAAGCAUCAAUCUGGCAACGGGAGGAGCACUGGGGCAAGGCAGAUCGUUCAUAUUGUAUACUUUUGCUCGAGAUGGACGUCACUAUGUACAUAAAGUAUCCUUGAGAGUUCAGGGUAGCUACUUUCCAAUUCUACGAGCCGAUCUUUCUUCCGUACCGUUCUCCUUUUCCUGUUCAAAAUCGGGGUUGUCCAGCUGCAUCGUGCUUUCCUCAAGCUUCUGUUGAACAGACUGCCUGGCUGCCCUACCCAGCACGCCUUUUGAAACCCGACUUACGAGAGGGCCACCUUAUCACAUCAUGCACAAUCUCGCACCUGCAACCAAAACCAAGCCAUGGUCCCAAGGAUCUCAACUGCCGCACUCGAAAAUCAAUCUGUUUCCUCCAAUCCCAUUCGAGAUAAUUGGCAAAAACUAUCAUGCAUCUGCAAUGCAUUUCAGAUAUUUCAAUCACGACCUCGUGUGGUUUUUUUUUGUUUUUAAACCUUGCCGGAACCUCAGAUUGCAAGGUUAUUGCUCACAAAGAUCUGGCUCGUACCACCAAAGCCCUUAGCACUGUCCAAAAAAGAAUUUUUUUGGAGCUUAUGCAGUAUUUUAGCGAACGUGCAUAUGCUUCCUCCACCAUCAAGACAAGUUCCACAUUGGCAUUUUCGAAAUGCAAAGAUCCACAAGGUCCUUUUGAUCCUUUUAGACCGAUCCUUUUUUCGAGUUCUUGGUCUUCUGAGUGGUCCGCUAGGUGCAGAUUUUGGGAAAAGAAUGCAGCAUGCAGGGUAGAACAAGGUUUCAGGAGGAGAGAAGGAGGGGGGAGAGAAGCACAAGGGACACAUGAUGUGGGUCUAGACAGCACUGGACAGCAAUGCACUGCAGCAGUCAGGGCAAAAGACACAAAGCAGAGUAGGCGCCAACAAAGGCCAAAAAUUCAAAAUUCUUCUUGCUGCCUUUGGCAUCCCCUGGUUCUUGCUUUACCGCCGCACUUGAUGGCCAUUUUGGGCAUGCAAGACGAGGCUGCUUGGGUAAAUUGGUUAUUGCGAUUGACGGUGAGGAGAAAUCAGACCAACAUGGAUUGCAAGACAUGUGGUUCUCUUGUUGCAACGUGGGUCUGUCUUGCGACCAGUCUACCGGAGGCGAGAUGUUUGAGACAACAGACAAGGGGGGCCCGCGACGGGGGGCUGGGACCCGAUGAGCUCCUCCCCGGUGUGAGGCAAGCUCCGGUGCGAUAUGAGAGAGGGUUGAUGAUCGGGCUCGGAAUCGGGAUGUGGGCACGCCUGCACGCAAGCACACGCUCUUCACCGGCUGGUUUUUUCUCUCUUGUGCCCCAUGCUCACUUCUGAGGUGGCGGGUGCGGCUCACUAAUACGUGGAUGCGUGGACAUCCAGUGCGGGAUAGGAAGCUGCCACCGAUGGUAUCGGAAAUAGAUGCCUCCGUUCUUGACUUCGCUCCUACUUUGUUGCAUUAUGGGGAACAAGCUUCUGCUGUACAAGCCGGCCAUGGGCCAUGGC